GAGCCUUAUUACUUGAUGGAAUCAAGAGAUUUCGAAUUAGACCCAUUAGAAGAAAUUGGGAAGUUGAUGGAAUCUUUAUCUAUCACCUACUUCCCAGAAGAGUAUAAAUUGACAGUCUACAACCCAUUAGAUCCAUACAACUCCAUUGCUGGUAGACUUUCAAAAGGUAUGGAUGAUGCUGAUCAAAAAGUUAUUUUAGAUUCAAUUAAAGAAUAUAAUGAACUUGUUACCAAAAUUCAUCAAGAAAAUGGAUUCAUUAAGCAUCUAAAGGAAAAGAAAACUAUUUCAAGAGCUUUCGUGCAUGAGUUAUUGAAUCAAAUGUAUUCAAGAGCUGUGUCUCCAUCGGUCCAAAGAUUAAGAAAAUAUGAAGCUUUUUCAAAUAAUGUUUAUGGUGAGUUAUUACCAAAUUUCUUAUCAAAAGCUUUUGAUCAAGUUGGUCUUUCUUCAAAAUCUACUUUUAUUGAUCUUGGCUCAGGUGUUGGUAAUGUUACAAUUCAGGCUGCUUUAGAAUAUGGCUGCGAAAGUUAUGGUUGCGAAGUUAUGGAAAAUGCUAGUGAUUUGGCAGAUUUACAACAUCAAGUUUUCAAUGAAAGAUGUAAACUUUUCGGUUUGAAUCCAGGAAAAGUUGGGUUCUUCAAUCAUCAAAGUUUUGUUGACAACCCAGAAGUUGAAGCUGUGGUUAGUAGAUGUGAUGUUAUUCUUGUCAACAAUUUCAUAUUCACACCAGAUCUAAACAGAGAAGUUAUCAAGUUAUUUAGAAAUUUAAAAGCCGGUACCAAGAUUAUAAGUUUGAAGAAUUUGGUUCCAGCUGGUCAUGUUGUUGAAUUUGAUGAUAUUGAGAACAUCAUUAAUAAAUUCAAAGUUGAAUGUUUUGCUUUAGAUAACGGAUCGGUUAGUUGGACUGAUAGAGGUGGUAUAUAUUUUGUCUCUGAGAUUAUGGGUGAGAUUAACCCAGAUUUCCUAACUGUUUACCGUGGAAGACGUUCAAACCCAAAGGCUGAGAGUGAGGAAUUAGUGGUUAAACGAAGCUGA